UGGAGCGAGCUUUCUCGGUUGGUUUUCGAGGGUUUUGCGACUCAAGGAAGGCUUCAAGCUUCUUCUCCUCAACGGUUUUCGUUUAGUGGCAAUGGAAAUAGAUACGUCUAUUUUCUGGCUCCAACUCGUGGAAAAACCAGUAGUGUUAUUCACAAAAUUGAUUGUGAUGAGAUAAGUGGUCAUUUGGCAAGUACAAGUAAGGUGAUGAAUAUGGUACAGAAAUCCAAGGAUGCCCAGAUAUUCAGUAAGGAGGAGGAACUGCAGAGGGAGAGACAGCGGGUGACGUCAGUGGGGAUAACUUCAUACGAGUAUGAUUCACAGAGUGGACAUUUUUUGUUUACCACUGCUGGACAACUAUACAGAUGCCACGAGGAGAAUGAUAGUGCUGUUCCUGAAUUAGUGCCACAUUCUGUCACUGGUGCUCCUCUUUGUCCCACCUUUAGUCCCAUAUCUAGUGACAUCAUUGCAUUUGUCAGAAAUAAAGACUUGUGGAUUGUCUCUAUGAAAAGUGGUGAAGAGCAUCAGCUUACUGAGCAGCACAGUAAUUUUACCUCUGACAUUGUAAUAGACAGUCGAUCAGCAGGAGUGCCAUCUUUCAUUAUUCAGGAAGAGUUUGAUAGGCACAUUGGGUACUGGUGGCAGCCUCAUCAAACAGUACCAGGGAAGUACUGCAUACUGGUGGAAAUGACUGAUGAAAAGAAUGUAGACAUUAUUAGAACACUUGAUCCCAGUGACAUCUGUUCUGAGUGUGAGUGUCAUCGAUAUCCAAGAUCAGGAAGACCCAAUGCAGUGCAAUCUGUAGCUCUGGUUGAGUUUGAAUUAGACGAAAUGCAUCAGAUUUCUAAUUUAGCGACCAAGUACUUGAACUUUGAUUUAAAAUCAGUGUUUCCUUGGAUGGAGUAUAUUGUUCGUUGUGGUUGGUUGCCUGAUAGUGCGAGUGUCUGGCUGCAGCUACUUGACAGAAAUCAACAACGACUUCAAGUUGUUCGUAUUUCACUCUCUUGCUUUAAUUCCGAUGUAGAAAUUGCACAUAGCCAUGGACACCGCAUACCAGGAAUUCAGCUGUUGAAAGAGGAAACGAGUGAUGUUUGGAUCAAUGUGACUGAUAUUUUAAGUUUUCUAACUGAAACGAGUAUUGGUUCAGAAGAUAAUUUUUGUUGUUCAUUUGUUUGGGCAAGUGAAGCAACUGGAUAUCGUCACUUGCAAAAGAUUAGUGUUGGAGAUUUUUGUUUACCAUGUGAUGGAAAUGGUAAUGUUGAGACUCCAAGAUCACGUCAAGAGAGUUGGUUGACAUCAGGAGAGUGGGAAGUUGACGACAGCAGUGUUUGGGUUGACGAAGCUCGUAGUCUGGUUUUCUUCCAGGGUACAAGAGACUCACCACUGGAGCAGCAUUUAUAUGUUGCCUCUCUUGUGCCGGGAAGUCAUAUUGAAUGUCUAACUGCCAUCGGCCACAACCAUUCUGUUACGAUGAGUGAAGACUGCUGUCGCUUUGUGACUUUGCAUUCAUCACUUAGUGACUUUCCUGCCAUUGAUGUGGUGCAGAUUGAUGCACCAGUGGGAGGCACUCUUCCAACAGUUGCAUGCUGCAAGAACAUACAUACUCAUAAACUUCCAGAGGAGUUAGGAUACUGGAAACAACCACCAGAAUCAUUUAGCUUUACAACUACUGAUGGCUGCCUACUGUAUGGACUUAUGUUUAAACCAGAAAGAAUAAAUGCAGGUGAGAAGUAUCCCGUCAUUCAGUAUGUUUAUGGUGGGCCACAUGCUCAGCUUGUAACCAACGUGUUCCCAACUGCUCGAUUUGCUCUGUUGAAUUUGCUAACUAAGCUUGGUUAUGUCUGCAUUGCCAUCGACGGUAGAGGAUCUGCCAGAAGAGGAUUGCAGUUUGAAGGUCAUAUUAAGUAUAGAAUGGGUACUGUUGAAUUCAGGGAUCAAAUAGAAGGGCUGCAAUAUGCUUCAACAAAAUAUGACUUCAUGGACAUGCGUAGAGUUGGUCUCUUGGGCUGGUCAUAUGGUGGUUAUAUGGCACUGAUCGGCAUGGCACAGCAUCAUGAUGUAUUCCAAGUUGCUGUGGCUGGUGCCCCAGUCACACACUGGGAGACCUACGACACUGGAUAUACAGAGCGCUACAUGGGAACUCCACAACAGAAUCCAGAGGGAUACAAAGCUGGUUCUGUCCUGCAGAUGGUUAAGAUGUUUCCCAACGAGUACAAUCGUCUGCUCAUUGUGCACGGCCUCAUAGAUGAGAAUGUGCUGUUUCGUCACACUAGUGCCUUGGUGGAUGCAUUAAAUCGUUCCUUAAAACCAUACACUUUGCAGGUUUAUCCCAAUGAGCGUCACGGCAUCAGAAAAAACACAGCACACUAUUGGGCUACAAUUCUAUCAUUUUUAGAAAAGAAUCUUAAGUACAGAUACAGCACUGCAUCUAGCUCAUGAACUAGCUACUCAUCUUUCCAC